CGGAACCCAAUCUUCAUGUUUCUUAACACGGAACAAGUCCAGGACGCCUGUCUAGUUCAGGGUCAGUCCACACUCCACACACGUAAUACGACAUCGUUUAAUAACAUGUCCCAUGUUUGAUCGCUUGCAUCCUGCAACUACAGAAUCUCGCCGAGAGAGAGAGAGAGAAUGGAACUGGAAAGCAAGGCCAAGGAAGAAGUGGAAGUGGAAGUGAAAGUGGAAGAAGUUGAAGAAGACGAAGGGCCACCGCCUGGCUACCAAACCAUUCUUCCUCCGCUGCAACCACCAUCACCACCACCACCACAACCAUCAUCGUCUCCGCCGAAAGAAGCUCCAGAGCCAAUGCUAACACCAUCGACAGAUUCAACUCCAACGUUAACACCAACGCAUACACCCACACCAACACCAAAAUCAACUCUUUCCGAAAUAGCUCAAAUUGUGUGCGGUUCUUGCCGCCGUCUGCUCAAGUAUCCGCCGGGGUCUCAGCAGGUUCAGUGUUCAUGCUGUCAGACUGUGAACUUUGUGCUAGAAGCUCAUCAGGUUGGUCAAGUGAAGUGCGGAAGUUGUAAUGUGUUGUUGAUGUACCCCUAUGGAGCAUCACAAGUGAAGUGUUCCUGUUGUCAAUUUGUGACAGAAAUCGGCGCACACAACCAGCGUCCUCCAUGGUCCGCACAGCAGGGCCAGCCACUUCCUGCCCUCAACCCUUUCCAGUCGACUGCCUGAUUUCUUUUUUGUAUCUGACAGAGGUAUGGAUGUUAAUCUGGCAAAAUUCAAACUCCUUGGUUUUACUUGUUUAUAAGGUGUAACGAAUUAUGAAUUAACGCGUACACAUUACUUCUCUGGUUGUACAUUGCCAUACAGAAACAGUUCGACACUGUUCAACUCUAAUUUGAUUUU